CCAACAGCGGGCCUGGCCGUGGGGCCGCCGCUUCCCGCCGCCCUAAUGAUCCGCACGGAGAAAGUGGUGCAGCUGCGGGGCCAGCACGGCCGCUCGGUGCGUGUCGUGCGGGAGCAUUACCUCCGCCCCGACGUGCCGUGCCGCAGCGCCCUGUGCCGGGCCGCCUGUGUUCGGGAUGGCAAAUUGCUGUCGGAUGAUGUUACACAUUAUGUUGUCCCUGACUGCAAGGUUGUUCAGGAUUACCUCGAGAUUCUUGAGUUUCCAGAGCUGAAAGGUAUUAUUUUCAUGCAAACAGCAUGUCAAGCUGUGCAACAUCAAAAAGGACGCAGACAGCACAACAAGUUAAGAAAUCUGAUCAAGGAUGCUCGUCAUGACUGCGUUGUCUUUGCUAAUGAAUUCCACCAGGAUUCUUACUUGCCAAGAGAAAAGGGAGAAUCCACAGAGAGAUGGCAGACCAGGAGUAUUUACAAUGCAGCAGUUUGGUAUUAUAAUCACUGCCUGGGUCAGAUGCCAGUUGUUAUGGUUACAGAAGAUGAAGAUGCCAUCAGGCAGUACGGAAAUGAAACAGAAGGAGUAUUUGUGAUUUCCUUUAAGAAUUACUUGGAUAACUUUUGGCCUGACUUAAAGGCUGCCCAUGAACUCUUUGACUCAAUACUUCAAGCUCGGCGUGAACGGGAGAGUGAAAGCCAAGAAAACAAUGGGAAAGAAUAUCCUGAGCACUUACCUGUGGAAAUACUGGAGGCUGGGAUCAAAUCUGGAAGAUACAUUCAGGGUACCCUGAAUGUCAAUAAACACAGAGCACAGCUGGAAGCUUUUGUUCGGCUUCAGGGAUUCGGCAGCAAAGAAACAGAUCUUCAAAGUGACAUCCUAAUUUAUGGGGCCAAAGCUCGAAACCGUGCGAUCCACGGCGAUGUGGUAGCUGUUGAGUUGCUACCUUUGCACGAGUGGAAAGGAAGGACUGGUGCCCUUUGUGAAAAUGAGAGUGAUGAUAAAGCACCUGCAGACACCACUGGUGACCCCAUGCCCACAGGUAAAGUUGUUGGAAUAAUUCAAAAGAACUGGAGGGAUUAUGUUGUCACUUUCCCCUCUAAAGAAGAGAUUCUGCCCCAAGGCAGAAAUGCUCAGAAAAUCCUUGUUACACCUUGGGACUACAGAAUUCCCAAAAUCCGGAUCAGUACCCAACAAGCUGAAACAUUACAGGAGUACAGAGUUGUUGUGCGUAUUGAUUCUUGGGAAUCAACCUCUUUAUAUCCAAAUGGACACUUUGUGAGAGUUUUAGGAAGAAUUGGAGAUCUUGAAGGGGAAAUUGCAGCUAUUCUGGUGGAGAACAGCAUCAGUGUGGCCCCUUUCUCAGAAAUCCAGAUGAGUGAAAUGCCUGUGAGCUCUUCAAAGAAUCCCUGGAAAGUGAAUCCAGAGGAGGAAGGAAAACGUCUGGACUUGAGAAAUACACACUUGAUCUUUAGCAUUGACCCAAAAGGCUGUGAGGACGUGGAUGAUGCACUCUCUGUGAGAACUCUGCCUAAUGGGAAUCUGGAGUUAGGUGUCCACAUUGCAGAUGUCACCCAUUUUGUAGCAGCAAACUCCUACACUGAUGUUGAGGCCAGAGCAAGGGCAACAACUUACUACUUAGCAGAUCGUCGGUAUGACAUGCUGCCCUCUGUCCUGAGUGCUGAUGUAUGUUCCCUUCUUAGUGGAGCUGACAGGUAUGCUGUGAGUGUCUUGUGGGAACUAGGAAAAGAGUCCUAUGAAAUUCUGAGAGUCUGCUACAACAGAACCAUCAUUCGCUCUGCAUACAAGCUCGUGUAUGAAGCAGCACAGGGAUUAUUAGAUGGAGACACAAGUGCUGUUGAUGAUAUCCCAGAACUGAAAAACUUGGAUGAAAGAACUAGACAGAAGAAGUUGUCUGAGCUGGUCUGGGCAAUAUCAAAACUCACUGAUAUAGCACGACACGUUAGAGUGAAGCGGGACAGCCGUGGGGCUCUGGAACUAGAAGGGAUAGAAGUCAGAGUGCAGCUGGAUGAUAAAAACAAUAUCCACGAUCUCAUUCCCAAGCAGCCACUGGAGGUGCACGAGACUGUAGCAGAAUGUAUGAUUCUUGCCAACCAUUGGGUGGCAAAAAAGAUUUCAGAGAAUUUUCCUCAUCAAGCUUUGUUGCGUCAACACCCGCCGCCACGGCAGGAAUUUUUUACUGAACUUCGAGAAUGUGCCAGUGCCAAAGGCUUCUCAAUAGACACAUGGUCUAACAAAGCAUUGGCUGAGUCUCUGGACAGAGCAAAUGACCCUCUGGAUCCAAUUGUGAAUAAACUCCUGCGCUCUAUGGCCACUCACGCAAUGUCCAACGCGUUGUACUUCUCGACUGGCUCUUGCCCUGAGGAAGAGUUUCAUCACUACGGACUUGCCUUAGAGAAGUACACACACUUCACUUCUCCCAUCAGAAGAUACGCUGAUGUUGUUGUCCACAGACUCUUGAUGGCAGCAACUCUGAAGGAAACUAAAGGAGAUGUUAAAGAUUAUAUAUUCAGUAACAAGGAUCUUCAGGAAUUGUGCAAGCACAUUAAUAAUAGGAACAGGGCAGCCCAGCGUGCUCAGAAGCAGUCUACUGAACUCUUCCAGUGCAUGUACUUCAAAGACAAAACCCCAGAAACAGACGAGCGCUGUGUGGCAGACGGGGUCAUUUACUCGAUUCGCACAAACGGUGUCCUUGUUUUUGUACCCAGAUAUGGAAUCAAAGGUGCUGCAUAUAUGAAAAACAAAGAAGGAUUGGUCAUUGCUUGUCAGGGGAAUGGGAGCUGUGAGUGGAAACCUGGAUCACUUCAUCGCUUUCAGAACAAAAUUACUUCCACUGCAACCACUGGAGAAUCGGUGACUUUGAGCCUUUUUGAUCAUAUUACAGUGAGAAUACUUGUACAGACUUCCCGCUGCCACGCUGACACCAUCAAGCUUGAAAUCAUCAGGAAUGCACCCUACCUGACUUCAGACACAGAGACUUCCCACAAGAGUUUUCAUGGGGUGAAAUCUGACCUAGUAAAAGAAGUCAGUCAGUCUGCAGAAGCAGCCCAGUAUGCCCAAGAAAAACCAGGAAUUGAAGUCAUUGAGGACUAUGAGGAGUACUGCCAGACCAAGGGAGCCAGCUUGUACCAGCUGCUGGAGGAGAUCAGGGAUUUGGCUCUAUUGGAUGUUUCAGCUGACUUUAGAACUUGAACUGUAAUUGAGCAAUAUCUGCUUGGUGAGAUUCUGCUAUUGCUGUAUUUGUAUUGUAUUUGUAUGAUUUAUUUUUAAAAAACAGUCUAUUUAAAUAUUCAAGAAACUAAAUGUCUAUUUUAAAUAAUUAUUUUUCUCAUGAUGAACAUGUAUGAGUUUUAAAAAGAUUUUAUACAUGAUAAAUCUCAUGUUCCAGAC